CAGCGGCUGUCCCCAAUACUCGCUCUCUCUCUUUUCGUCGCCAUCUUUGCUGAUUCCUCCAUACCAUGGGGAAAUUCAUCAAGUCUGGCAAGGUUGUGUUGGUUUUAAAUGGGCGUUAUGCCGGCAAGAAAGCAGUAAUUGUGAAAAACUACGACGAUGGUACUACCGAUAAACCUUAUGGUCACGCGCUCGUUGCUGGAAUUUCUCGUUAUCCUCUGAAGGUAACAAAGAAAAUGAGCAAGAAGAAGACAGCGAAGAGGUCUAGAAUAAAGCCUUUCGUGAAGGUUUAUAACUACAACCAUCUUAUGCCUACAAGAUACUCUGUGGAUGUUAACCUUGAUAAGCAGAUCAUCAAUAAAGACGUCUUCAGAGAUCCAGCUUUGAAGCGCAAAGCCAAAAGGGAGGCUAAGGUCAAAUUGGAAGAAAGGUACAAGUCUGGCAAGAACAAGUGGUUUUUCCAGAAGCUGAGGUUCUAAACAACAACCUUGUAAAAAAUAAUAAAAUUUAGAUUGAAACCCGAA